ACCUUGUUUUAUGGUCGGCACUUAUUCACUGGCAAUAACAUUCAUGCGUCUCCUUCAAAGUAAUACCCUGCUGAGGCCUUGUACAACUUUACAUAAAUACGGUUUCCUUGGCUCUCUUGUUUUCAUGCUUCUCAUCGUGACCUCGUCAAGACGUUCUCAACACGGAACAAGUACCUGAUAGUAUUUUAUAUACACGAUGUCCACUGGCAGCCGGUUCCAUUCACAGCACCAUGGGUAACGGUCCCUCUAUAUUCGUGCGCACGCCGCAAGAGCAUCUAGAGCGCAUGUGGAAAAAUCCCAGUCCACUCGCAUAUUCCUGUCCACCUAGACACGUCCGCGUUUACCUCCUUCCAGAAUGGACUCAAGGUAAAAAUCCGAUGAAGGAGCCAUGGGCUGCACUAAAAAACGACUUUGCGCUCGAACCUACGGGCGAGUUGAAUUUGAAGAAAGUGAAGGGUAAGUGGGCCCUGGAGCGGUGUUCGGCGAUCGAUCUGGAGAGAAUGCAGUCGUUUGAGGAGAAGUGCAAGGGGAGAUUGUCGCCACUUGCUUUAAAAGUGUUGGCUGAUUCGAAGGGUGUUGUUUGGAUGUACGGUGAGUUCGUGAUGCUCUUGAAACGUGCUGGUCGUGUUUGUUUUGUAGGGGAGACUUAUUGUUCCGUGUAUGCCCUUCCGAGACAUACCUUUUGAUGUAUCUAAUGCAGUUUCAUGCCCCAAUGCUCAUUCUUCGUCUUCCAAUACAGAACCAACGCCCUCUGAAGACACCGUAUCCAUACGCGCAGACCGUCUACGUAUUGUGCGGCAGUACGAUACCGCGGUCGAACGCGUUAUGGAAGCGACGCUAGGUCGCAUAUCAAAACUACUCGAUAAUGGCGUAGUGGGAGAAAGCGUGUCUCAUCACUACCCCAAAUACUCUGGUGCUGACCCAGGCAUUCCCGAUGUGCCGCAGGAAGCACACAGCAAAGAAGCAUCGGUCAAGGGGAACGUUGGGGAGGCCGAAGGUAGCAAAACAAGCGCAACUCUAUAUCAACAGCAACGACAACUUAUAUUCUUUGCGGCGCUUUUGUUCUUAUUUUAUUCUGGCGCGCUGGGUCGAUAUGCUCGAUUCGGGAGGGAUCUUGCUUUUGGGUGG